AUGUCUUCCAGCAGUCAGGUAUUCGGACAUAUAAGGAAAACCGUACAGACAAUGGCACACAAUCCGCGCAGCCCUUAUCGACUCCAUGUCAACGACUAUCCUACCGGCGGUGACAAGAACGAACUGGGCGUGCGUGUCCUUGAAGAACUGACCAAGGAACCAAAAAAUUACGAAAGCUACCUGCAGGACGAUGAUGCGAAAAACGAUGCCAAGCAAAGAUGA